AUGCAUGGCGGAAUGUCCGGGAACGACAGCUCUUCGGAGACGUCCUUGAAUAUGAGGACGUGGAAGCUAAGGGUCUGCAAGUACGUGAUCUACUUUUUAUGGGUGAUAAACUUCAUUUUAAACUUUGCUGACAUUUAUACAUAUUAUCUCAGACUCAAGGAGCAUAUGGAUUGCUGGAAGUGUUUGUUCAGGUCCUAUAUGAUGAUCGCACUCACCGUAUCUGUUUUGAAGAUUCCGCUGCUUGUCGUGGCCCUACCAUUGGUAUAUCUCCAUUUGUCCAGCGAAAUUCGCAUAUAUGCUACGGUUCUCUUCUUAGCCACUUGGCUGCAAAUGAUGUUGACUUUCUUGCUAGCACAGGAGUACCAGGCUAUAGCCGAUGUGCUUCGAAUAUGGGCGGGCCAUAAAAGUUUGGAGUUUUUUGAAGUCAAUGCUAAGUGUUGCGGCGUGUUGGGUCCCGACGACUACAAGUUUAGCGAGAGGCUGACCCCCGCAUCCUGCUUCAAGAAUCGCAGUUUUAGGCAUAAGGACUUAUACCACGCUGGUUGCUCCACCCGCUCUAUAAAGCCGACGACUGUGCCCAUUCUCCAGGUGACCUCCGUGAUAGUCCAGUACAUAUUGGUAAUUUCGAUUGUGAUAUACCUGGUUAUCAUGAUUCGAAACAGGGCCCAUCGACGCACUUUGUGGUCCGUGCGUCGCACAGAAUUAUUGGGUACUGCUGAGCCUGCGGAACUGCGAUCUAGUCCUCAAGACUCCAAAAUCAGCGUGCUUGAGGGCUACUUCUCAGUUCCGCCCAGAACUUAAGCAGCAUUGGAUUCCAUGUGCGAUUGAAUUUCGAAUUCGUUUUACCCUGGGAAUGGGUAUUGGCAUUGGCGGGCGAGACAAAUUGGAUGCCAUGCUGCUGGCCAUCGUCAUAUUUCACGGACUGCAAUCAAUAACGAUAAACACUUGAGUCGGAAAUCCAAUGUCCAGAAUCCUAUCCAAUGGCAUGCAUAUGGAUGAGCCAAUAAAGAAAUCAACAAAGCAUGUCCGACGAUUGAAAAAGUAUUGCAAAUGCCGGGAUAGCCGGGGAUUCGGACACGGAAUUGGACUACAAUCCAAUCCGGACAAUAUGCAAAUGCAGCUAAGCAGAAAAUAUUCAAGGACGAACCAUCCCCAUUCACCACCACCCAUCCGCUCGAGUUUAUUUUCAUUUCGUGUACCCUCGUCCCGCGCAUAAAUUUUAUUGUUGUCAACAUUAAAUUCAAGUCGUGAAAAACAA